ACACUUCUUCGCUGCAUUCGAAAACUCUUCUGCUUGCGUCCAUCCACUUUUCAUACAAUCACUGAAGGAUUUACGAUUACCGGGGACUGCACGGGAUUGUUUUUUUUAAUUUAAAAAGGGGACACGUUUCUUUGCAAUUUGGUGCUUUUAACUCUAUGCUAGAAACUCCUGGAACCCCGUACAGAAGCAGAAUGCAGUUCUUAUUGAAAUAAAAAAGGGAGAAUUUCUGGAUAUUGCGAAUUGCAAAGAGGAUAGCUGCAGCCAGAGCUGGUUUGACCACCCAGUCAAUAAAGCACUGACUCUUGCAGAAGUCUAUGUGAUGGCUAAAUUGGAGCUCUGGUGUCUUUUGUGGUGUGUAGCGCUCAGUGGUACUUCACCUGCACCCAAUGGAACGGCGAACAACAAUAUUAAUGAUGAUAAGACCAGAGGGACAGAAGAAUUAGAUGAAGACUAUAUUGAAACUCUUGGAAGUGAGACGGACAACCAGGAGAAUAUUUUAUCACAGCUGCUGGGUGAUUAUGACAAAGUGAAAGCGGUUUCGGAAGGCUCUGACUGUCAGUGUAAAUGUGUUGUCAGACCCCUGAGCAGGAACGCCUGCAGGAGGAUUGAGGAAGGCACUACCAAAGCGCAGGACUUUUACACAGUGGAGACUGUGACUUCAGGCCCAGGAUGCAAGUGUGCCUGCAUUGCUCCUCCUUCAGCUCUGAACCCCUGUGAGGGAGAUUUCAGGCUGAAGAAACUUCAGGAGGCUGAGGCACAGAAUAUUAAGCUUUCAACAAUUAUAGACUUACUGGAAGGGGCCUUUUAUGGUAUGGACCUCUUAAAGAUACAUUCAGUCACAACCAAGUUGGUUGAUCGCAUUGACAGAAUUGAAAAGGCUGUUUCUGUAAACAACACCAAAGAAAAACAAAGUGCAAAGAGGGACUUUGAUGGGCAGACACAGAUUAAAGAAAACCAGUCACUCCACCGAAUUGAGAAGAAGAAACGACUGAACAAUUUGGCUUUAGCCCUGCAGAGAGAUGCUGCUGCUGCAUAUACACACACUGAGAAAAAAUAUGAAGAAAGAUUUAUCAAUGAUCGAGAAUUCACUAAGCCCCACUUAAAGAGAAGUCACACUGAACUCCCGACUCUGGCUCAGCAAAUUAGGGAGCCACAGCAGACAAAUGCCAUGGGGAAAUCGGCCAUCAUCAGAGGAAUAACUUACUAUAAAGCCAACAAUGUGGAGGAGGACACUGACACUGAUGAACAGCCAGAGGAUGAAAGUUUGAGUGGUGAUGGGCCUACAGAUUUGCUGUUUGAAGAGCAGCUUAUCAAGCAGACAAGUAAUCCGGCAAGAAGCAACAGCAGGCCAGAACCAAUGGCAGGACCUCCCACACCUACGUCUUCCGAGAGUGAGACAACUCAAAACUCUCAGUCAACAAAGUCAGCUACGGACCCUGCCACUGAAGAAUCUACAACAGCUGCCACUGUAUCCUCUGGGGUUGUACCUUCUUUCACCAUGACUGCCCCUAAGUUCACAACCCAAGAAACCACUGUGAAACAUACAAGGACCACUCAGCAAAGCCCUGCCAUUGCCACAACGGUUCCGGAAACUACCAUCUCCCAGGGCACAACCACCAUCGCUACGACAACCAGUACUACAACAGCAAGUACUACAACGGCUAGUACUACGACAGCCAGUACUACGACAGCCAGUUCUACAACAACCAGUACUACAACAACUACCGCAAAGCCAACUACCAGCGAAACAGACUCUGUUACUGUACCAAAUCUUACCACAACUAGGGCACCACUUCAAAAAACCAUCACUCCUGCUACAGUCCCGCAAAUAAAAACUGCCGGCCCUUCUCCAGGGGUAAAACCUAGGCAACCUUUCCGCUUGGAUGAGGUUGUAUCCCAGGAAAAUAUGGGGGAUGAAGCACAGAAAAAUGGAGUGUGUAAGGACACCUUGUCCACAAUUUCUGAUCCCGUGACUCAUAACACUUACGGUCGGAGUGAAGGAGCCUGGAUGAAGGAUCCCAAAGCAAGUGAUGACAGGAUCUAUGUCACAAACUAUUAUUACGGAAACAAUCUUUUAGAAUUCCGCACCAUGGAGAACUUCAAGCAAGGUCGCUGGACCAACUCCUACAAGCUUCCCUACAACUGGAUAGGCACGGGACACGUCGUGUACAACGGCGCGUUUUUUUACAACCGAGCCUUCUCGCGUGACAUCAUCAAGUUCGACCUGAAGCAGCGGUACGUGGCGGCGUGGACAAUGCUGCACGACGCCGUGUUUGAGGAGGAGACGCCCUGGAGGUGGAGAGGCCACUCGGACAUUGACUUUGCGGUGGACGAGAAUGGACUGUGGGUGAUUUACCCGGCCAUCGACGACGAGGGAUUCCACGAGGAGGUGAUCAUCCUGAGUAAACUGAACGCGGUCGAUCUGAGCAUUCAGAAAGAAACCACGUGGAGGACUGGCCUUCGGAAGAACUUUUACGGCAAUUGUUUCAUAGUAUGUGGCGUGCUUUACGCUGUGGAUAGCUACAACAAGAUGAAUGCCAACAUCUCCUAUGCCUUUGAUACACAUACAAACACUCAGAUGAUACCCAGGCUGCCUUUCCUUAACAAUUACACUUACACCACGCAAAUUGACUACAAUCCGAAGGACAGAGUUCUUUACGCGUGGGACAAUGGGCACCAAGUUACAUAUGCAGUCAUAUUUGCGUACUAAGAGGGGUCGCAGAAAGUUAAAAAACAGGUUCUCGGCACUUUUCUGUAUAAAAAAAAAGAAUAAAUAAUUUUAUAUCCCUGUGCAGAUUGUAGAUCAAUCUACUUGGCUUUUUACUUUUUUUUUACUGGAUGAUGUUAACUCGUACCGUUUUUGUAUAGCUUCCUGUUUAAUGUCUACCAUGCGUAUGUUUUUUUUUGUUUGUUUUUUUAACUAUGUUAUUUAUAUUUCACUCCAUUUCUCACCUCCAGAAGGGCUGGCAAAUUAACUCCUUCAUCACAGCAUGACAAGGCUUAUAUUUUACUGCCUGCUAUAAGUCAAAAAUAUAUAAUUGUAUAUACUGUAAUUAAAAUACCAAAUAGAGGAAAAUAAAGUACAGAGGAAUUUAGGAGAUAGUCUCUGGCCUUUCCUUUAAUGUUUUAAAAACUAGUGAAAGACUAUUGCAAGACCUGAGUACACACAACAAUAAAAACAAACUGAAAUAAGGAUUAAACCAUUUGUAAAUAAGAAUAUGCACCUAAGCAAUGGUAUUGUACAGUGACAUUUGUAUGCACCUAUGCAAUAGGUGUGAAUUACGGAAUGAUGUCACUGUAUGAUAUACCACACACCUCGUUUAAAACUAACAAAAUUAAUACUAUACUGUACCAAUUUCAGAAUUGGUAGCUUUCAGUCCUAUUUAUACAGUCCUCUGCAUUGUUGUUCCAGUUACACCAGAGACUUAAAUUCUUAGCUCUACAUGUCCCCCCCCAAAACCACUUAAGCACUCUUCCUUUGGAUUAGUUGAACAGUAACAUAUCUGAGCAGUGUGCAGUAAAAGAAAAAACAUUUUAAACCCCACUUCUUUAGUUACAGGUCAUUUUCUAGCUUGAGUAACACAAAAAACAGUCAUAAAUCACUUUUCUGUACAAUACAUGAAAAUUGCAUGUAAUUUCCACUGGAUUAUGGGUAGUAUUCUAAUCCAGAAAUUUGAACAUGAAAGAAACUGUGGACAACACUACAGAAAAAUGAUGGUGUAUAUAAAUGGCAAUGGAAAUACAUCAAAAUUGUCUCAUUGGCUGUGGCAAAAUGACUAUGGUUUGCUUUGUGGCUUUUCUUUAAUUCCCAAGUUUUAGCAGUCUGCAUAACAACUGUUCUCUUUUGAGUUUCUCUAAAAAAAAUGAUUAAUGUGUUUUUCCCUGUGUAUUUUAAAACACAGCUUUUAGAAAGUAAACAGAAAAUCGGAGACCUUAUUUCAUAGGAUAAAUCAUUAAUGUUUGAAAUCUGUUUGCAAACAAAAUGUUUUCAGACUGAAACAAAAAUGAUCAGUGUGGAUUAAUUAAAGUUUUAUUUGUCUAAAUUUUACAAUACAAUACAAAGAUCAAAUGAAUCUCACAGACUUGUCCUUUCUUAAUGAACUACCGCCACACAUCCUAGGUUUACAGGAAGGAAAAGCAAGAAAAACUUUUGAUCGAUACAUUUUUUUUGUCAAAGUAAAAAAUAAAGU